AUGUGUAAUAUCUUUAAAUUUUAUAGAAGCAAAAUGUGUGAUUAUUGUUCUUGGAUAGAACAAAUUUUAGCAAGAGUAAAUGUCGAAGCAAAACUAAUCCAAGAAAGUAUACCACAACCACGCGUUGAUCCUACCAUUAUAGUUCACGGUGGUGCAGGAAGAAUAUCAAAAAAAAAACGAAAAUUAAUGCUCGAAGCGGUUAAAAAUGCUGCAUUGGAGGGAUAUAAAAUUCUUAUCGAUGGAUAUACGGCUGUUGAUGCAAUAGAGAUAGCAAUUUCACGGAUGGAAGAUACAUUGUACUUAAAUUAUACGAAGGAAGCACCCAUGCAUACUAAUGAUGAAAUUGUUUGGGAUGCAGGAAUAAUGACUAAUAAUCUUGAUGCUGGUUGUAUAGGUUUAAUUCACGGCAUUGAACAUCCUAUUAAGCUAGCAAGAGAAGUCUUAGAAAAUACGGAUCACGUGCUCAUUGUGGAAAAUGGUGCUACAAAAUUGGCAAAAGAAGCUAAUCUUCCUAUGUUAUUGAAACAAUUAACCGAUUCUAUUCUUUUUAUCGGUGAAACGAUUUCCGAAGAAGAACAUUUUGAUAUAUCUUCCAAUAACGAUUCUAAUGACGAUUUAUCUAUCAAUUGUGUAAAUAACAUUAAACAAAAAGAAAAAGAUACGUCUAUUAUCAAAAUGUAUUUUCCAGAAUGUAAUUUUUUAAAAAUGGAAGAUAUAGAGAUAAAGGAUGAAGACGAAAAAUUGACAGAAUCAAAUGACAUCCUACUAUUUCACGAGUGAAAAAAAAAGAACAAAAGAAACAAAAGAACCGCAAAUUUGUUAAAUUAUUUUUAAUAUUAUAAAAGAAAUUAAAUGUAGAUACUUUAUUACAAAAAAAAAAAAAAAUAAAUAAAAAGGCUCACACGGUGGGUGCGGUU